GGCACGGCAUUGCCGGCGCAUUCUUCUACUGUAUAGGAGACAAGGACUCCGCGCACGCGGAAAUCCCUGCCGGAUGUAUUGGCGCAGCGGGUCGGAGGACAGGGGUGAGGAGAGGAGUUGGGGUUGGGCUGCUAGCCACCUUCCGCGCUGCUCCGUUAACCUCGAAUCAUUGCCGUCCGCCAGCUCGGAAACGGGGAAGGGCGGCGGGUUCAGUUUUGGGGGGAGCGGGGGGCGGGGGAGUGGGCUAGAGUUACAACGAGCCUUUCGCGCUCCUUUGUUGUCCACCUCCGACGAUUGCCGUCCGCCAGCUCGUAAACGGGAAAGGGCGGUUGUUUCGGGGGGAGAGGGGAAGGGUGUACUACCGCGCUGCUCCGCUGUCGACCUCCGAUAAUUGCUGUCCGCCAGCUCGGAAACGCGCGGCCGUCUGCCAGACGCGAGUCCCCUCCCCGCGCCUACCCAGCGCGCGCGGCCCCGCCAGUUCAUCGCGCCAUCAGCGCGCAGAGUCAUGGAGCACUAUUUAACCUCCCAAAUCGCCUCCUCGCUCAUAUGCCCAGCCCGCUCACACCGUAACCGUAGCUCGCUCGCCGCUCAAGUGACUCCGAGUCCGACUCACUACACGCCCCCGCCACGGCCUUCGUUCCGCGCCUUUACCCAUCUCGGCCCGAGCCCACUACGUGACCCUGCCUAACCUCUCGGGGCAAUCCUCCUCUCACCGGCCGUGUCGUCAAGACAAGUUGAUAUUUCUUCACGGAAAGCCUCCCGGCCGCGCCAUGACUCGCUCGCUGCUCUCCGCGGUCGCCCUCGUGGCCGCCGGCCUUCUCGUCCUGCUCGCCGCAGCCCAGUCAGAGGCCGCCAACAUCGCCGUGGGGGGCACCAAGGGGUGGACGUACGGCCUGAACACGUGGAAGCCGAAUACGCCAGUGCGUGCUGGGGACGUUCUCGUGUUCAAUUGGAAGGGCGGCCAUGACGUGUGGCUCAUGAAGGACGCCCCCGCGUACAAGGCGUGCAACUUUGGCACGGCUAAGAGGAAGGCGCCCAUGACCUUUGGCGGCAAGUACAGAUUCCCUGUGCCAGUUACGGCCAAGGGCAAGACUCUGUACUUUGGCUGUGGCGUGUACGGCCACUGCGCGGGCAACAUGAAAGUGGCCAUCCCCAUCCAGAAGUGACCUCAUCCCAGCUGAUCUGAGCUGAAGCCGAGCCAAGCCGAGCUGAGCACAGCCGAGUCAAGCUGAGCUGAGCUACGUCUCUCUAUGCAUUCGUGUGCCACCUUAUUUGUUUACUUGCUAGCCACUGAGUGUGUGCGCUUUCUGGUAGCAUGCAAUUGCACCAAACCAAAACCAAACCAAGCCUUUCAAUUCAACCUGGCAGGCAGGCAGGCACUCACUCUGCAGGGACAGCUGGCCUUGGAGGAAAGAAAAAAGAGUUCUAUGGUAUCGUACUCUCACCAACCGGCCUGUCCCACAUGUUGAACACUUGGGCAAUGGGCAGCAGAGAAGAAGCAAGCAAUACCUGUUGAGUGAUACGCAGGGCUCCUGCUACCGUAAUCCCCCGUAUAUAACACCCUCCUAAAUAGUCAUUC